GAUUGGUUAAGCGCAGCCGCAGAAAGUGCGCAGUGCCGGUCCAGUUCUCGGUGAUCCUGACCUCUCCUAGUCCGGUUCUGGAGAUGUGAUGAAUUUUCUCUUUGUUUGGCCUUGAUUAAAUACAUCAGUCGCAGUGAACGGAGCAGUGAUCGUAGCAGGCCUCCUGACCUCUAUCAGAGCAUGUCCACCAUGGUUUACCCCCAUGAGGAGCGACUCGAGAAGCUGACGCAGGAGGAGAUCAUCUCCAGCACUAAACUGGUGAUCCAGGGUCUGGAAGCUCUCAAGAGCGAGCACAACUCCAUCCUGCAUAGUCUGCUGGAGACCAUCCAGUGCUUAAAGAAAGAUGAGGAGGCCAGUUCAGUUCACGAAAAGUCCAACCUUCUGCGCAAGUCAGUGGAGAUGAUUGAGCUGGGCCUGGGUGAAGCACAGGUGAUGAUGGCCCUGUCCAGCCAUCUGAAUGCCGUGGAGUCGGAGAAACAGAAAUUGCGCGCUCAGGUGCGACGGCUCUGUCAGGAAAACCAGUGGCUGAGGGACGAGCUGGCAAACACUCAGCAGAAACUGCAGAAGAGUGAACAGAGUGUCGCACAGUUGGAGGAGGAGAAGAAACAUCUGGAGUUCAUGAACCAGCUCAAGAAAUAUGACGAUGGCACCUCGCCAGAGGAAGAGAAAAAUAGUGAGGCUCCCAAAGAUGCCCUGGACGAUUUGUUUCCCAAUGAUGAAGAUUACCAGGUCUCCCACCAGCACAACAGCGCCGCCGUGGCGGCAGCGCAGCAGGGCGGGUACGAGAUCCCGGCCCGCCUCAGGACCCUCCAUAACCUGGUGAUCCAGUACGCCGCCCAGGGCCGCUACGAGGUGGCCGUGCCUCUCUGCAAACAGGCUCUGGAGGACCUGGAGAAAACCUCUGGACACGACCAUCCCGAUGUGGCCACCAUGCUCAACAUCCUGGCUCUGGUCUACAGGGACCAGAAUAAAUACAAGGAAGCGGCCCAUCUCCUUAAUGAUGCCCUGUCAAUCAGAGAGAAGACCCUGGGCAAUGACCACCCAGCUGUGGCGGCCACCCUCAACAACCUGGCGGUCUUGUAUGGGAAGAGAGGAAAAUACAAGGAAGCAGAACCGCUGUGCAAGAGAGCCUUGGAGAUCAGAGAGAAGGUGUUGGGACGGGACCACCCGGACGUGGCCAAGCAGCUGAAUAACCUGGCCCUGCUCUGCCAGAAUCAGGGGAAGUACGAGGAGGUGGAGUAUUAUUACUGCAGGGCUCUCGACAUCUACGAGAAAAGACUCGGACCCGAUGACCCAAAUGUUGCCAAGACCAAAAACAACCUGGCUUCAUGCUAUCUGAAACAGGGCAAGUACAAGGAAGCUGAGAUUCUCUACAAAGAGAUCCUGACCCGCGCCCAUGAGAAAGAGUUCGGAUCUGUAGAUGCUGAAAAUAAACCCAUCUGGAUGCACGCUGAGGAACGAGAAGAAAGCAAAGGAAAGCUGGCAGAUGGGAAUCAUUAUGGAGAAUAUGGUGGCUGGUACAAAGCCUGCAAGGUGAACAGCCCCACAGUAAACACCACGCUGAGGAACUUGGGCGCCCUGUACCGUAAACAGGGUAAACUGGAGGCGGCCGAGACCCUCGAGGAGUGUGCCAUGAGGUCCCGCAGACAGGGAGCGGCAGUGGACCCUCAGAGAGACGGAGAGAGGCGCAGGAGCACUGCAUCGAUCUCCAGCGUGAAGUACGACUGCAGCAGUGACGCCGGAGAAGAGGGCAGUGUGGAGUGGAACGGGGAUGGGUCUCUCAGGAGAAGCGGCUCUUUCGGGAAGCUCAGGGAAGUCCUGCGCAGAAGCAGCGAGAUGCUGGUGAAGAAGAUCCAGGGAACGAUGCCACCAGAACCUCGCAACUCAAAUAUGAAGAGAGCCGCGUCCCUCGGCUACCUGAACAGUAAUGGAGAUGAAGACGACUCUUUUCAGGGUUCGGGGGCCGUGAAGACGCUGAGAAACAGCAGACCUCUGAGCUCAAGCACAGUGGAGCUCUACAAAAGCACAGACUCAUGAAAAAUACAUGCGUCUUCUGGCUCUUUAUCACUAGAUUUGUAUAUGUUGGAAGCUUUGGUUCAUGUGCUUUUAAUCAUGGAUGUUUUUAGCAUCCUCUCACACACUCGUAUAAAUCACGCAUGUUUCACUUUCUUCAAGCAGCAGUCCAUCCUUAAAUGAAAA